AUGGUUCACAAGGUCCUGUUCUGGAGUGGCUUCGGCGUCGGCGUACGACUAUGGCAGCUCGGCAUUGAGAUGCGACCACUGUUCAACAAAGAAUCGCUCUGGGUGUAUCCCGUAUACGCAUCCAUCGGCGGCAGCUUCGGAUACUGGCUCAUGGGCGUCGAGGCACGACAAUUUAAGAUGCUGGCAGACCGGCGAGAUGCUUUGCUUGAGAAGCGGGCACGAAGGAAGGAGCGGGAGGAGGCAACGCGAGCGGAAGGAGCUUCGUAG